CGAAAGGAGCGCAGGAGGCUGGUGGUGCGCGUGCGCAGAAGGCCCUUUUCUCGCCAGGAGCCUUGUGAGGAGGAGGCCGAGGCGAAGGCAGGCGCGCGCGCGGGGAGGGAGCGGCAGCGUCGUCGUCGUCGUCCGCCGGAGGCAGGAGACCGGCGAGCGGGAGAGAGAGAGAGAGAGAGAGAGAGCGAGGAGCAGCGGCAGGCGAGCCAGGCCCAGGCCUUCCCUUCGCGCCCUCCUUCCUUCCUCCUCCUCCUCCCUCAACAUGUCGGCGCCGGCGGCCAAAGUCAGCAAGAAGGAGCUCAACUCCAACCACGACGGGGCCGACGAGAUCUCAGACAAAGAGCAACAGGAAGCAAUUGAACAUAUUGAUGAAGUACAGAAUGAAAUAGACAGACUGAACGAACAGGCCAGCGAGGAAAUUUUGAAAGUAGAACAGAAAUACAACAAACUCCGCCAACCAUUCUUCCAGAAGAGGUCAGAAUUGAUCGCCAAAAUCCCAAAUUUUUGGGUAACAACAUUUGUCAACCACCCACAAGUAUCCGCACUGUUGGGAGAAGAAGAUGAAGAGGCGCUGCAUUAUUUGAUCAGAGUCGAGGUGACGGAGUUCGAAGACAUCAAAUCAGGUUACAGAAUAGAUUUUUAUUUUGACGAAAACCCAUAUUUUGAAAACAAGAUGCUCUCCAAAGAGUUCCAUCUGAACGAGAGCGGGGACCCGUCGUCAAAAUCCAGCGAAAUCAAAUGGAAAUCUGGGAAGGACCUGACAAAGCGUUCGAGCCAGACGCAGAACAAGGCCAGCCGGAAGAGGCAGCACGAAGAGCCCGAGAGCUUCUUCACCUGGUUCACCGACCAUUCUGACGCGGGGGCCGACGAGUUGGGGGAGGUCAUCAAGGACGACAUCUGGCCCAACCCCUUGCAGUACUACCUGGUUCCCGACAUGGACGACGAGGAAGGCGAAGGCGAAGAGGACGACGACGAUGACGAGGAGGAAGGACUGGAGGACAUCGACGAGGAAGGUGAUGAAGAUGAGGGUGAAGAAGAUGAAGAUGAUGAUGAGGGUGAAGAAGGAGAGGAGGAUGAAGGAGAAGAUGACUGAACACUGACCGAUUCCAACUACCCUUUUUUCCCCUCCCUUUUCUCCCAUCCUUCCUUCCUUCCCUUUCCGAUCCCUGGGAGCAAGUUGCUGUCUUAUUUCCUCCCCAUUUUUGUGCUCAGUCGCCUCGUUCGUUCUCCUGAAGCCUUCUUUUCCUCCUCUUCUUUACCAUAAUUUUGAGCAGAAUACAGUGGGGGAAAAAAACCUCCCUUUUUUCCCCGAUUUUUUUAACCCCCUCUGUUUUGAAAUAAUAAAAACAAAACAAAACUGAUAAAAAUGGUGGAAUUCUGUUGGGAAAAAGAGAGUGCGAUAGGCCCCUUUUGUGUAGUGCUUAGGAAAAAAAAAACGAAAACCCAUCUAGCGUUUUCCUACCCCAGUUUUUAUUUUCUUUUUUUUCUCUGUAUAUCGGGUUCCAGAGAUUACACUGUGUCUCUUCUGUGAAUAUGAUGAUGGACAGUUCGCAUUUACCAACAUGUAUCUGUCUUUACUUCUCUUGUUUAAAAAAAAUAUCUGAAAAAAUUACAAAAAAAAUAAUAACAAUAAUAAUAAUAAUAAUAAAGAGGGGUUUGCGGGGGGGUUAUAGACAGGGUGGGUUUCGGACGUCGGAAAAGGGAGGGUGGGCUUCCGUGGGCAUUUUUUUGACACAAAUUCUCCUUCUUCCUUGGCAUGUUGGUUAUAUCGCGAUGUUUUUGACCGGGGAAAACAUCCUCUAGCAGUUGGAAAACAAACAAAAAAAAAGGUGACAGUUUUUUAAAAAAAACAAACAAAAACCGGAAAUACUUUACUUUUUCUUUUAAUAAAACUUACCUACCAUCUCCUCGGAUGGAGAAUCGGCCGUUUAAAACCCGUAGGAUCUUAUUUGGGAAUUUCCAUUAUUAUUAUUUUUUUCUCUCGUUCUCUCUCUCUAUUGUAAUUUUUGUUCCUCGUUUUUGUUUUUUUUUUGUUUUUUUGUUUUGUUUUUUGGUUUUUUCGAACUUUUUUUUUCUUGUUUUCGUUUCACUGGAAAAAAAACAGAAAAAAAGAGAUGCUCAGUUUUAAACGUUGAAAGUGUACAAGUUGCUUUGUUACAAUAAAACUUAAAUGUGUACACAA